UGCGGGUGCCAAGCCCAGUGAUAUUCCAGCAGGGCGUGCUGGUGAGGAGGGCGUGGCAGGCGAUGCAGCGAGGGGGACAGAGAACAGCAGGGAGAGGAUGAUGGAACCUUCUGUGGAUCCGAGGAGGGACACAUCAGGUGGUGUGGACGCAUGCUCCAAGCAGACCAGCCUGAUCGCUGGGUUCUCUGAGUUCAGGGAGCAUAUCACCAAGAUCUUUGAGAAGUCUGUGCUCGGAGCCCUGACUGCCGAUCGGCCCCAGAGCGCACCAGGAGGAAAAGCAGGAGCUGGGGGGAGUGUGGUGGGCAAGGACCUUGCUGUGCUGCUAAGCCCAGAGAAGCUUCCAGAUGGGAUUCCAGGAGUGGCCGUUGCCCCUCUCCCCACCCCUCCUGCUGGACUCUGGGUGGACUCUAAGGAAAAGAAGCAAGAGUUGGCUGUAGAGGCUGAGAUUUCCCGUCUAGUUCCCGAGGGUCCAGCUCCAGAAAAGCUGCCAGGGCUGGUGGGGCCGGCUGCAGAGCAGAAGCUGACAGAUGCCAGUGUGGGGACGGAAAUGACUGGUGUCCCACAGGUGCUGAAGGAAAGUGAGAAACCAGAGGGGGCUGGGGAAGCCAGGCAGGGGCUUGGAGGCCAGGCCCUCUCGCAGGGAGGAAGCGGCUGGCAGGAAUCAGCUUUGGAUCUUUCCUCACAGACAGCUUCUCAGGAGAUUCCCGUGGAGAAAGCUACUGACUUGCAGGCGGCUCCCCAGAGCCACGGAGAAGGGGACGCAGUUCAAGACAACAGAAUCCCUUCUGGAAAGCAGCACCAGGAAACAUCCACCAGCGACAGUCAACCCCGAGAAGAUGGUGCCUGGGGCUUUGCUCACACAGGGGCUCCGGGUGACCUGCCAGAGUCCACCUCUGCCCUGGGAGCAUCUGCUCCCCAUGGGGAUACUCCGAUCGUGGCCGAGGCCAUCAGUGAGCCCUGCACCCCCGACACACUUGGGGGUGAGAGGAGGCAUGGAGGUGCUGCCCGGAUCUCAGAAACACAAAAUGCCCUGGGCAACCAGAGUGCCCCUGAGCCACCUGCUGGAGAAGUGGCGGACACUCCCCUGGAGCCCGGCUCCGUGGCAGGAGCUGCUGGGGAAGCAGAGGGUGACGUCACUUUGAGCACAGCUGAGACUGGAGCACGUGUGUCUGGUGACCUGCCUGAAACAGGUACUACAAGAAUGUUCUCCAGUGAGACUCAUGCGUCGGCGCUGCCAGGGAGCCGUGGGGACCGAGGCUGCUCUGAUGGGGCUCCAGGGAUGGAGGCUGGAGCCACCCUGUGCGGGGACAGCCCGGCUGUGCACCAGCAGACUGACGAGCAGCCAGGGCCUGAGCUCCCCGCUCCUGCUGGGGAUGGAAACGUGUGUGUCUCCUCACCUCCAGAUCCUGACGAAACUCGGGACCCGAAGCUGCAAAACCUGGCUCCGGAAGCGCUCCACGAUGAGAGAAGGAGCCCUGGGCCCGGCCCAUCCACUUUACCUUUGGUUCCUGAGAAGGAUGCUCCAAAUAUCAUGGGCGAGGUCAUUUCAGAUGAGGCCAGAAGUGCGGGAGGAGCAGACAGUGCCUGUUGAGUUGUCCAGUGUUAAAUAUUUUAGCAGCCUGCUGGUUCAGACGUAGACUGUGAAAGUGUUCUAU